AUGGAUGCUUUUCCAGGUCCUCCGGGUGAUUGCGGGACGUGCGGGGCUUGCAAUGGCGACGCCUGGUGGGACGCGAAUCUUGAGCUCUGGAGGAGUAAGUGCACAAAGAUGUUUGCAAACGCUCAAGGGGAGAUGAAACGGAAGUCUCCACACGAGUCAUUUUCGGCUGGGGCACCUAUGGGCUGGCAUUCUUUGAGCGUGAUCCCGGCCAAGUCCGAUCGAUGCGGUUGGGCGAAAACGCUGCGCAACAAGCGUCAGUUGGAGUUGGCCAAGCAAGGUGUGAAGGCUGUGGCACUGAAGAAGACAGACGCAUUGAAAGCUUUGAUCAGUCUGAACAAGGAGCACCAACAGGAAGUGGAGGCAACGAAGAAACGUAGAGUGACGACAGUCAAACUCAUCCAGCCGACAAUCGAAAACUUUCGGCGAAACAAAAAAGGUCAAAAACUGAUUGCACAGGAGCUGUCACGCCUCUUGACAGAUCAGAGUCGUUGGUUUCCCCUCAAACCGAUGGCUUCGAUGGAUGGAACGAAAGUGAGAUUCAGUCACCAAGGCCAGGUGAAGGAAAUUUCGAAGUCAGAGCUCUGUGCCAAAGCGUCCUCGUUCUUCAGUUGCUACUUUGGCGACAUUCGCAACAAGCUUAACUACGGAGCCAAGGUCCAUGGAUGGCUGACUGAGGUUAAAAAAGGAAUGGAGGUUGACAUGUCUGAUGCAAAGCUCAACUCCCUCAUCGGGGAAAUCGCAAAUUUUAAGGCUCCCGAACUCCAGGGCUUUGAGGAAAGUCUGGGAGAGAGCGACUAGUGUAUAGAAUCUGAGGCCCAG